AUGGGUAUCAAAGGAAUGUGUAUCAUAAUUUCCAAGCUCAAUGUUUAUGGAGCUAUUAACAACACAACAGGCUUGCGUAAUGCUGAUUUUUUCCAUCUCCUCAUGGAAAUUGACUCUUCUGAGGCUAUUAUGAUGAUUAAUUUAUGGGAGACUAUGUGGGCUAAUGUUAGCAACAUUGUGGAUGAUGUGAGAGACUUGCUCAUGCAGUUUUCUUUAAAGGAAGUCAAAUUUCAACCUAGGGAAUGUAAUUGA